CCGAAAGUUUAUAUGUUUAUGCAUUCCCACUGCUCCUCUAUGAAGGCAGUCUCCGGCAGAUCGUUCAUAAGCCCGGGCUCACGUCCAGCAGAUUGCUGGCCCGGCAGGAUGACUGAGCAGUGGGGCUACGGCCAACAGAUGAUGGGGAUGCAGGCCGGCGGUGCGCAGAUGAUGGCGAUGCCGGCGGGCAGUCAGCAGAUGAUGAUGCAGGGCGGCGGCGGACAGUACGUCGUCUGCAUGAUGCCCAUGCAGUACGUGGCCGGUCAGGGCGGUGUCCAGGGGCAGCAGUACGCCUUCCAGCAGGAGGGCGGCAUGCAGCAGGUGUGGAUGCAGCCGCAGAUGCCCCUGCAGGCGGCCAGCGCCGGCGGGGCGGUCAGCGCCGCUGGGGGCAGGCAGGGCGCCAGCUUCAGGCCGUCGGCGCAGCCGGCCCAGGGCUCCGGAGCCGCCGCUAGUGGUGGCAAGGAGUUCGACCCGUCGGCUGCGUCCUUUGUCCCGGCGGCUCAAAUGCAGCAGCACGCGCAGCAGGAGGCUGUGGGGGGAUCCCCGGGCAGCUUCCAGAUGUCUGCUGGGGCCACGGCCUUCGUGCUGCCCGCCGAAACGAGAGCGCAGCAGGGGAUGGCCAGCGGCCGCUACCAGGGGGGAAGCGCCGCUGCUGCUGGCUGGGGCCUGCAGCACCCGCAGGGGUCAGCGGGGCAGGCGCAGUUCGCUGCCAUCCCAGCGCCGAGACCGAACGCUGCGGAUGCCAGGGGGUGGACACGAACGCCUCAGGCGGCGGCGCCGGCCCCGAUUUUCCGAAAGGCAGAAGCAGACGCAGCGCCAGCGGAUGCUGGCUCACCGCUGCACAAGAGCACGGACGGAAAGGCCUACGUGCCCCCGCACCUGCGGAAUCGCCCAGCGCCGACGGGCACCCCAGACGGGGCCAGGAAGGAGGACCCAAGGCAAUAUGCUGCGAAGAAGGAGGAGCCAAAGAAAAAGGAGGAGGAGGAGGAGCCCAAGGCGCUGGCGGCCGCCGAGUUCCCCAGUCUGAUGUCUGCUGUCACCCCCAAGAAGGGCGGAUGGCCCGCGGCCAAGAAGGGCGGGAUGGCCGCCAAGGAGGAGGUUGCCGAGGCAGCGCAGCCCGAGGAGAAGCCAGAGGAGAAGGAGGAACCCGUCCUGAAGGGCUCCGCCUGGGGCAAAAGCGCGGCCAAGCAGCGCGAGGAGGCGGCCAAAAAGCGCAGGGAGGAGGAGGAGGCGAGGGCCGCACAGGAGGCGGCCGCCCGCGCGGCAGCGGAGCUGGAGCAGCCGGCCCUGCCGAAGGCAGGCGAGCCCUCCCGCGCCCCGGCCCGGCCAGCGGAGGCCGCUGGUCCUGCUGGCCUGCUCCCCUCUGCGGACGCCCAGCCCGCGGAGGCGGCGCCGCAGGAGGCCGCGGCGGUGGCCGCCGCCGAGGAGGCGCGCCCCGAGCACGGGGACGCGGCCAGGGCUGGGGAGGUCGCCGCGGAGGCCGCCCGCGCGCCGGAGGCCGAGGCCAGGCGGCGAGCCGCGGAGGCCAAGGGCGACGGCAAGGGCGUGGAGCUGGCCGCCGAGGAAGCGGCGAACGCGGACACCAACGACGAGGGCGGGGAGACCACCAACGACGAGGCCAGCAGGCCCGAGACCGACGUCAGCGUCCCCGAUACGGGCGCGGAGUCGCCGUGCAAGGAGGAGGCCAAGGCGGAGGAGGCCACCUUCGCCGAGCCGCCGCCCGCCGAGGCGGCCCCCGCAGAGGAGCCCGCCGCCGCCGACGAGGCCGCCGCCGGGGCCGCCCUGGGUGGCAUCUUCGCCUCCAAGGGCAAGAAGAAGCUGAAGAACCUCGCGGCCCCCCGGCCCGCCGCCGGCGACGGCGCCGCGCAGGCCGCGGAGGAGGCCGCGGAGAGGGCCCGCCUCGAGGAGGAGGCGGCGGCGCGCGAGCGGCGGCGUGCGGAGGAGGCGGCCGCCGAGCGGCUGCGGGAGGAGGAGGAGGCGAAGGAGCGGGCACGGGCGCAGGAGGCGAAGGACCUGGAGCGGGACGACGAGGACCGAGAGACGGAGGAGGGCACGGAAGACAUGGAGGCCGCGACGGACGAGGUGGAGGCUGCGUCCGCGGACGCCGAGGCGGCGAGCGAGGAGGGGGAGGAGCACGCGAGCCCGCACGCCGAGCUGCUCGCCUUCCGCGCCUGCGGCGGGGCGGCGGGGCCGCCGGAGGAGGUCGCGACGCUGUCGGCGAAGGAGGACCCCACGGGGUGGAGGCCCGAGGACACGCCGAGCGGUGCCUCGAAGGCCACGACCUGGCGGCGCUCCGCGGAGGACGGACGGCGAGGGGACCGGGACCGGGACCGCAAGGGCGGCGGCAAGUCCAGCGGCAAGGACUGGGAGCGGGCGCCUCGCGAGACCCUGUCCGCGCUGAGCAACAAGGCAGAGCACGCCUACAAGAGGAACACCGCGGAGCUGGACAGGGAGGCCGAGCUGACGCGGCUGGCGAAGAGCCUCCUCAACAAGAUCUGCCCGGACAAUUGCUCCGUGAUCGCCAGCAGGAUCAUGACGGAGGCAAUGGUGAAGACAGAGGAUGAACUCAAGAUCGUGAUCCACCUCAUCUUUCAGAAGGCCCUCACAGAGCCCCACUAUUGCGAGACCUACGUCGAGCUCGUGCACGCCCUCAAGGGGGAGAUGCCCGAGUUCCCCAACCCAGAUGGCGGCAAGCCGCUGACAUUCAAGGCGGCUCUGCUUAAUGUCACCCAGGAGGAGUACGAGUCCAUGACUGCCAACACGAUGCAGCCAACCGAUGAGGAGAAAGCGACGAAAGACCCCGAGGAGUUGCAGUUCAUCAUGGCAGGCAAGAAGAAGAAGCUGCUGGCGAAUAUGAAGUUCAUCGGACACUUGUACCUGAAGGAGCUGCUCGGAGGAAAAGUGAUCUCAUCGGUAGCCUCAGAGUUGUUGAAGAUAGACGGCAGCGGAUUGCCUGAGGAGCACGUCGUGGAGUGUGUCUGUGAGCUGAUUUCUGCGAUUGGGUACACGCUAGAGAACUCCAAGUUUCAAUCGACACUUGUGCAAGUGUGCAGCAGGCUUAAAGACCUGAAAGGCCAGAAGAACAAGGCCGGCAAGGACAUCCUCAGCAAGCGCAUCCAAUUUCAGAUCCAGGACCUCUUAGACAUGCGCGGGCAGGGCUGGGCGAAAAAGACGUUCAAGGCAGCUGCGAAGACCAAGGAGGAGAUAAGGGCGGACGCCGAGCGCGAGGAGAGGAUGAAGGAGAAAGGCAAGGACGUGCCAACUGCAGAGUACGUGAUCGCGGGCAAGAAGAGUUCCUCGGCCGUCUCUGGGCCGGCCGUGGAGAGCGGCGACUGGGACGUCGUGAGGACAAAGAGCCGCCGGUGA